AUGUUGCCUGCACUGCUCGUCACGCUGGCGCUUCCUUUCGCUGCGCUGGCGGAACCGCAGCAAAUUCGCUCGGUUGAGGAUCCAAUCUUGCAUUACUACUUGCAGGCCUACUCUGGAAACAAUACCCUCGCCACAGUAGGCCCGGAGACGACGUCCGAGUACUUUACUGUCAACGGAACGAUCCAGUCGACGAAUUCAUCCUUGUACCUGAACGUGGGAAAUGACACGACGUCGUAUAAGACGCUUACCUUUGGGGCUGCUGCUACGAUGAGCGAGUGGACACUCGAGGGAGACACGAUUGUCACGGCAGAAACGAGUAUAUAUGGAAGACAACUGAAUUUCCUCGCCUGCGAGCUGGAUGCGGACUACUGGCAGGUCUACCUCCAGACGGGCAGCGACACGCCGGCUAGUGGGACGUGUAGCAACUAUCAAACACUGCAUCUGCCCUGUAUCUGCUGA